AGCCCCGUCUCCCAGGCAGGCAGCACAGGCAACUCAGCUUCGCCGGCAGCCUCAGCAGGAAGGCACAGCCAAAGCAGGAUGAAGCUUUCCACGGGCAUCAUUUUCUGCUUCCUGAUCCUGGGCGUCAGCAGCCAGAGAUGGGCUACAUUCCUCAAGGAAGCUGGUCAGGGGGCUAAAGACAUGUGGAGAGCCUACUCUGACAUGAGAGAAGCCAAUUACAAAAAUUCAGACAAGUACUUCCACGCCCGGGGCAACCGUGACGCUGCCGAAAGGGGACCUGGGGGCGUCUGGGCUGCUAAAGUGAUCAGCGAUGCCAGAGAGAUGAUUCCGAGAGUCACAGACUUUUUAAAACAUGGAGACAGUGGCCACGGACUGGAGGACUCGAGGGCUGACCAGGCUGCCAAUGAAUGGGGCCGGAGCGGCAAAGACCCCAAUCACUUCAGACCUGCCGGCCUGCCCGACAAGUACUGAGCUACUUCUCCCUCUGCUCAGGAGACAGGGCUCAAGGGAGUGGGGACAGUGUUGAGCUAGGUUGCUAUAUUCUGUAUCUGUAGUUCUUUAUAGUUGAUAAAGAGCACAUAAAAAUG